CUCUUAUUUCCAUCGGACCUAUAUUAGCGACGAACCAAACGUUGAAACUGCAAAAAUCCAAAUCACACAUUUUAACAUUUACAGCUAAUAUUUAUUGAAUAUUAAUCCCAAGACAUGGCGGAACAACCAGUGAGAGUCUUGGCAUGUGGAGAUGUUGGAGGCAGGCUGACCGCUCUGUUCAAUCGAGUCCAGGCCAUCCAGAAGAAGACCGGACAGUUUGAUCUGCUGCUGUGUGUUGGAGAGUUUUUUGGGACGACGCCGGAGGCCGAAGCAGAGUGGCAACAGUACAAAACUGGAGCCAAGAAAGCUCCCAUCCACACUUACAUCCUCGGAGCAGCGAGCCAGGACACGGCGAAGAGUUUCUCCAGCGCUGAAGGCGGCGAGCUGGCUGACAACAUCACGUAUCUGGGAAGGCGCGGCGUGUUUACAGGCGUGUCGGGAUUACAGAUAGCCUACGUCAGCGGCCGGGAGGCGCUGCAGGAGCCGGCCCCCGCUCACUGCUUCACAUCCAAAGAUCUGUCGGCCCUCGUGGCCCCGCUGACCAGCAGCUCCAAGUUCAGAGGAGUCGACAUCCUGCUGACGUCACAGUGGCCCCGAGGAGUGUGGCACUACGGAAACAACCCGGAAGUGAACACAAAGUUCUGCGGGAGCAGCUCCGUCGCUAAACUUGCCGACCACCUGAAACCAAGAUACCACUUUGCUGCACUAGAGGGCGCUCACUACGAAAGACUCCCGUACAGGAAUCAUGUUAUUCUCCAGGAAAAUGCUCAGCACGUCAGCCGCUUCAUCGCCCUGGCAACCGUCAACAACCCCGCCAAGCAGAAGUAUUUGUACGCCUUCAACAUAAUCCCCAUGAAGACCAUGGUGGCAUCAGAGCUGGUGAAGCAGCCGCAGGACGUGACAGAAAACCCCUACAGGUUCUCCACCAAAGACAAGACGGGCAAACAAAAGACGGGCUUCAGCACCGAGGAGGAGGAGGAGCCGGCCCAUCAGUUCUUCUUUGACCUGAGCAACAAGCAGGGCGGGGGCUUUCGGGGCCGCGGCAGGAAGAGACACACAGACGGAGAAGGACGAGGACAAGACCAGCAGCGCGACGGAGGAGAUCACCAUGGACAGCACAAGCAGCCGCGCCGGCCCCCUCAGCCCACCGGUCCCUGCUGGUUCUGCCUGGCCAGCCCUCAGGUGGAGAAACAUCUGGUCAUCAGCAUAGGAACACAUUGUUACCUGGCGCUGGCUAAAGGCAGCCUGACUCCUCAACACAUGCUGAUCCUGCCCAUCGGUCACUACCAGUCUGUGGUGGAGCUGAGCGCAGAGGUGGUGCUGGAGAUGGACAAGUACAAGACGGCCCUGAAGAGCUUCUACAAGAGCAAAGGAGAGCGCUGUGUGCUGUUUGAGAGGAACUACAGGAGCCAACACCUGCAGCUGCAGGUCGUCCCGGUGCCGCUGAAUCGCUGCACCACCGAGGACAUCAAGGAGGCGUUCAUGGUCCAGGCUCAGGAACAGCAGAUGGAGCUGAUGGAGAUUCCUGAACACACCGACCUCAAACAGAUUGCUCCUCCAGGGACUCCGUACUUCUCGUGGAGUUGGACCGGGGAGAACUCUACUAAUCGCAUCCACAAACAUUUCCCUCUGCAGUUCGGAAGGACAUACCCUUACACGCGUUCUCUUCUGCAGCAUUUCCGCGACCACAUACUCUUACUUGCAUCCUUGCCUCUCCCACGAUCCCUCGCUCACAUCGCUCUUCCGGGAAAGAUCCAGCACGCCCGCGGUGCAUCCGCAAAGUCCUCCCAUCCUCCUAUUAAAUUUGGCCUCCACGUCCCUCUGGAGCCUGCCUACAUGAGGGCGGCUUCGCGCUUACUCGGGGACUCCCCCCGCAGCUCCCACACACUAACUCGCGGAUGCAGAUCACACUGGUCCGGCCGCGUGCCGUCCGGCUCACCUGACCACCAGCGGGAUGCCCACGACCACGCCCCCCCUCCACGAGGGCUCCAUUUCCCACCCUGCUGGCCCUCACUCAUAGACCCAGCCCCAGCCCUUGUGCUUGCGAAACGCUUUCUAUCAACGAUCCUCGUCCAGUACUGGCACACUAUAUUUUCACAAGCCGAAGUGUCCACAGGCAAAAAGAAUAUCGUAGAACCCCAAACUAGUAGAACUCGUUACGUGCUCAAGAACUUGACCGUGCUUGGCGUUCCGGCACCUACCUUAUUCCUGGCAUUGUCACUAAACUAUGCAGUCCGUUCGCACAGCACACGCGGCCGUCCCGCACCCCUAAUUUUCCCAACCCCACGCAGCAAACAGACGCCGAGAACCAAAGCGCCCGGCACUACCAACCCUGUCACCAUGUCAUUCCUUCGCGGUCUUCCUACCAUGCCACUGUGGGAAGGGAUUACUUUCCCUCCAUUUUCACGUAGUGGUCCCGGCACCGGCACCCCUGACGGGCCGCCCGCGUCCCAUGGUGACGUCUCUGUUUCUACCACCCUGAAGAAUAGUAACCGGGGGGGGGCCAUCUCUCCAACCUCGGCGCUUAGCGGACUGCUCCACACUCUGAAUGCUUCGAUCCUCUGCCAGUUCGGCCUUACUGCGCUUAGGAACUAA